CAUCUAAUCCAAUAAGACACACUAAUUUUUUACCCUGAUUCGUGUUCUUUCGCACCUUUCUAUUGAGGACAUAUCAUUUAACUUUAGAUAACACUUUCUUUGUCACACAAGACUUUAAACACGAGCUUCCAUUGAAUUAAAAAUGAAAUAUAUAAAUUAUAAUCUUUAAUUGACAUUUUAAUCUUGAAAUUGUUUUCCUUAUCCUAGUGAUCCAAAUUCUUGAAAGGGGUUCAAGGGCCCAGGCUCAGCCAAAACCCCUUUCUUUGUUACUGGACAGAUAAAAUUGUCGGCAACAACAUCAAUGGCGCAUGAAUCAGAAUCAAUACCAGUUGUUCCUCCAGAAAUAAUAUCUGAAAUACUUGUAAGGGUACCCGUGGAAUCCUUGUUGAGGAUGAGGUGCGUUUCUAAAUCUUGGCUUUCUCUAAUCUCAAAUCCCCAGUUCAUCAAAACCCAUCUAAAAUUUUCAACCAAGAAACAAGAUUUUUCUCGCGACAUGCUUCUUUUUAGUAGCUCUUCUUAUGAGUAUAGCCUAAGAUUUUACACUUGCUCUCUUUAUGCAAUUAUGUAUCAAGAAUCUCCCCAUAUGCCUAAUGAACUUGAUUUUCCCUGCAAAGAGCCACUUGUUAACUAUAACUUUGUGGGUUCAUGUGAUGGGUUGUUCUGUAUUUCUGGUGGUGCUCACGAUCUAUUUCUAUGGAAUCCGUCUAUAAGAAAGUCCAAGAAACUUCCAUUUUCAGGAAGUAAUGUGCAUUGUAGUUCGUAUCUGGCUUAUGGUGUUGGUUAUAAUGAAUGUCAAGAUGAUUAUAAAGUUGUACAAGUUAUGGGAAGUUCACAUAGUGAGUAUGGGUUUCAGAAUGAGUUUAGGGUCUAUAGUCUGAGAACUAAUUCUUGGAAAGUGAUUCAAGAGUACCCAGGUGUUAUAUUUUGCAACGAUCCUGCUAAAUUUGUAAACGGAAGACUUCAUUGGAUUGCUACUCGUGUUAGUGAUAAGAAUGACUCAUGGUUUGUUUCUUCAUUAAACCUCGUCGAUGAGACAUUUGAAAUUGUAGCAUUGCCUGAUCUCGUUUAUGGUAAUUUUGAUUGGGAAUUAGGGAUUUUAGGUGGUAAUCUAUGUGUAUUUUGUGACUAUUAUAAGGUCCGGAUGGAUGUGUGGGUAAUGAAGGCAUAUGGACUUGUGGAGUCGUGGACUAAGGUGGCUUCAAUCCCUUAUUUUACAGCUAUUGAGCACUCACUUUUUCCAGUUUUCAUCUCCCAUAAUGAUGAAAUUUUACUGCAACACGGUUCAAGUUUAUUGAUAUAUAAUUCAACACACAACACUUUCAAGCAUCCUCAAGUUCAGAUCCAACAUGGUUUUGGAAUUCAGUUUAGUUUGUCCACGAAAAGUCUUGUUUCGCCACAGUUUGUGAAGUUUGAAAAGCUAUGGAUCAAUGAUGCAAGCUCAGUUCCCAACAUACCCGCAAGGAAUCUGUAUCACAUUGCAGUCAUGACGACGAUGGACAUAUUGUCUGAAUGCCUUAUUCACAAAAUAAUCUCUUACCUUAAUUUUCAAGAAGCAGCCAAAUUGAGCCUUGUCUCCAAAACAUGGCUACAAGCCUGCUUAGCUCAUCCCAACUUGGAAUUCAACCUUCACUAUGUCAAAGGCGAUGAUAAGAAAAUAGUGGAUCAAGUCAUGGAGACAUAUAGGGAAAGAAAAAUCCCUAUAGAAAAGUUUCAACUUUCUAUUUCGAUUUCCGCAUGCCAUCAUCCUCUUGUUUUCCCUCGGAUGGAUAAGUGGCUCGGCAUUGCUCUUCAGAAUGAUGUAAAAGAUUUUUCCUGUGAGGUUUCUCUCCCCUUAUACCCCUUCCCUAUUUUCACAUUCUUGGCAGCAAAUUCUUUAAGAGAAUUGGUUCUGUCGGGAUGUAAUCUGAUGGAUCAUUCAUUGUCUGCUAUUACUCAAGUGGCAAGCUGCCGUUCUUUGAGAAAGCUCUCUCUAACUGAUGUUCGAUUAGACGACAACAUGCUUCGAACUCUGCUCAAUUGUUGUCCCUUGAUUGUUGAUUUCAUCAUUCAUCAGUGUCGUUUAUUGACAAAAAUUGAGCUGCGGAAUCUUCAAAAUAUAAAGUCAGUCUCUAUUAGUUGCUACAAGAACCAGUGUGUUAAAAUUCAGUCACCAACUCUACAACACUUGUCUUAUUUUGGGUAUUUUCGGGAAGAAUCCCCUGUAUUGGAUAUUGUUCAAUGUCAAAAUCUAAAGUCUUUACGGCUAACAGAUAUGAGGAUAUCUGAAGGAUUUCUCCAGCACCUUAUUUCUACAUCUCAAUUCCUUGAGAGUUUGAUAUUAGAUGAUGUUUCUACAAGGUUGGAAAGGUUCAAAAUUUGCGGGAGUCAAUCCCUAAAGUUCUUGGCGAUUGAGAAUUGUAAGGGAUUACCGGAGAUUGAUGCUCCAAAUUUGGUAUCACUUGAGUAUGAUGGAGAUCAGAUUCCUGAACUUAAAAUUGCUAAAAAGUCUCGCCAAUUGAAGAAGUCACGAAUAGGUCUUGAUAGCUUGAAAAAUGUGAAUGCUGCAUGGUUUGGUGAGUUGAGGAAAUUUCUAUCAAAUUCGACCUCUUGGUCUCUAGUUUCCCUUAGUUUUGAGGAAUGCAAUGAAAUCAACAUGAAAGAUUUGGAACUGCACCAUCCAGUUGCUACCCCCAAAGUGAACGAUUUGGCUGUAUAUAUAGAGUUGUCCGGGAAGUACCCAACACUUGUGGAUGCUUUGCUAUGGAGUUGUCAUCCUAGGAGACUCUUCCUAAAAUCAACUAUUGAAAUGAUUUCUUGUUUCAUGGAUCGUUUAAUGUAUAUGAAGAAUUCGAGGCAUUCUACUAGUCAUGGAAGCAAGCGUUGCAAUAGUCAAUUAAAAGAAGUAAAAGCCUACAAAUUUGACUCGGAACAUCAGCGUGUGGAACUCAAAAGGAGAGAGCUGUCAAUGAGAACCCUUACAGACACUGAGACAGUUUCGUUUCGAUUAUAUUGGUGAUGUAGUUUAUUCUAAGUGCAAAUUGAAUGCAUUUAUUCAUUUUGAUACUCAUUGAUUUAUUCUAGUUGUAGACUUGUAGCGUGGAAUAUAUUA